AUGGGGGACGGGGAGCAGCAGCUUUUUCUGGCCGAAUUUCUCGUCGACAAUGUUAAUAUUCCAUCGAUUCGUGCGAUGUUCACAGAAAUGCUUCCAGUCACGACAUGCGUCUCCUUUCAGAUUUUGAACCUGCCGCCGAUCAAUGUUUACCAAGAUUGCGACUCGGACGGUUGUGCGUGCGCCAGCGACAGACAAAUUUUCAAAAAAGGCAAAUCUUGCCUGUUCGCCCUGCCCUCCGUCGCCCUCGAAAAACCUCUCGGAUCGUUCCCCGUCAAUAUGUCCGUCUACAAAAAAUUACCGCCCGGAGUUUUGCCCGAUGUCAUGAUCAUCGGCUCCCAUCAGAUCGAGAUCAAAGAUCUCGUCAACGAAAUGUUGAAUCGACACGUUUUCAAAAUUGGAAAUCCUUGCAAAACGUUGAGAGACACUUUCAAGCUGACGACGGCGACCGGUCAAAGGGUCGGCGAGGUGACGGUUUUCAUAAGAAUGUCGUGUUUCGGGGAGAAGAUAGUGACCCAGUUUCAAAUACCGCACAACCAGAAGCCGUAUUUGUUCAAAGGUGCGGAAAACAGUCCGGUGUUCCAGUGCAAGAGGAUCCCCUCGACGCUGGAGGAGGAAGUUGCAUCGGCGAGGUGCAACUGCGAGGAACCGGGUGAGGAAGCGCGGGAGAUUCGGAGCGGUGAGAGGAGAGCUGGGAAAACGUGUUGCCCGGCGCCGCCGCCGGUCCCGCCGACGACUCGGCAAGCUUCCGUGUCCGAGUUCCAUCAAGGGAGGCCCUGCUGUCCCUCGAGCCAGGGUGAAAAAUGCCCUUCGGCGCUGGCAUCGUCUCCGGGAGGAAAAAAAAUUCGAUCUCAAAUCGGGCGAGUAGAUGAAUGUUGCUGUUCGAUAAAAGAGUGAAAAAACCAUCGUCGAGGAAGCGGCGGCACGCGAGGAAACGGGGUCGGGAAUUCGUCGAAAUUAGUCGUAAAUCUUCGAGGAUGAAAAAAUAUUUUGGAAGAAAAAGGCGGAACAGCUGAUAAGGAGCGACGUCGCGAACUCUGCGCCGCAAUCGCCAAGGUUAUCGUCUGUCAAAACGAGAAAUAAAAUAAAACGAUUUUUAAUGCAAUCCAAGUGUUUUCGUCGCGAAACACGAUCGUGGAUUUAUCGCCGUGCGCAAAUUUUUCCUCGCGCUUCAAGGGCCCAGAGAAUAAAAAUGUUUGUAAACAGAUCGACACGGAAUUGGGACUCUGGGGGAUUCUCGCUCGCCGCGAAUAUGAAUGGACGCUCGCGCUUCACCUCGCUCCCACUCCGCAGUCCCGGGUUCGUUUGUAAAAAUAUACUAGCGCGACGUUCCUCGCUCCGUAGGCCGCGCUCCUUGCGAGCACGUUUUGUUCUCGUCGCCUUGCACGCACGAAAAUGCGCCACGCUCCGGCUAAUACGUAUUUGCGCAUACGCGGUCGGAAGACUCUCCUCGCGAAGAGCUGUCUCACGCUGCCACCGACUCGGAGGCUCGAAGGGGGUGAGAAAUCCGGCGUUUCAUUAUUCAACGCGUUCUCGAACGCCUGCUGCACUUGUUCAACGAUCUUUUUCUCCGCUCGCCUCUCUCGGCAAGUUUCACCAUUUUAUUUCCAUUAUUUACGCUAAUCGAUGAAUCGACAAAACUGGCAACAAAUUUUCACCUCGGAACUUUCGUUUUGCUCGCCCAUCCAACGGUCUUCGACCCGAAAUAUUUUCCCAAAUUUAUCUCCUCGUGGGCAAAUUACGAGUCGUAAUGGGCCACUGAGUAACGCUGCUUAAUUACAAAUUUACGAUAUUCGUUGAGUCGUUAAGACUCUAAUCGUUUAUUCAUGAAAAGAAACGAAAUUCACUUUGUAUAUAAUUAGACGAAACGUCUAAUUAUCGUGUCAUUAUUUUUACGACGGUUUAAUGCUUCACGAAAGUAUUCGUGAAGAACGUUUGGAGAGAUUUCGAGUUGGAUAAAUUGGCCCCUGAUGGAAAACUGGUGAUAUGAAUUUUUGUAAAAAUGUUGGAAGAAUUGCAGAGAGAAAAGAAAAAAUAUUCCUACAAUUUCUGUGGAACCUCAGGACUGAGACUGUCGAACUGUGUUAUAAAUUCUUCCUACAAAAAUGUGACGAAUUAUGAGCAGAUAGCGAGGAAAAAUGGAAAAAUAGUGAAACUUCAAAAAAAUAGUGCAACGAUUUUGAAAGGAGGUCGAAAAAAUACGAAAUGACAAAUGACCCAAAAAAUAGGCAUUUUUUCGUACGAGAAUUCGUGGUAAAAAAUAUUGGAAAUGCAUCUGAAAUUUAGGUCGAGUAUUGCGACGAAAAAGCUGUCAAAAUUGUCGUUGAUCCCCGAAAAUUCGAUGAUACAGAGUCGGAAAAAAAUGAUGCUGAAAAAAUGGUUCAGAAGUUUGAAAGAAAUUUGAAAAAAUUUGUUCGGAAAGUAAUCUUCGUUUGGUGCUAUAUAAAUGUAGAAAACGACGGGAAUUCGUUGGAACGUUAUUGCGCCGACUCUCCGAUCACUGAUAAAACGAG